CCCAUCGCUCAAGCGCUCGGAGAACAGAGGAUACAGGGAUGAGGAUGAUAAACAUGCCGAGAAACUGUGUCAUAUAGAGAGCAUCUCACUCCCAUUUUUUUACCUGGCCCAGAAUGCCAAGCACGGAGACAGACGCAGCUUAAAACAGGGCUAUGCAGUCUGAUGGACGCAGAAAUCAGCUUGAGGUUGCAGACAAAACAACGAGGGACUCUGUGCGGAGCUUACAGGGCAUUAAGAGCACCAACUAAUCCUGUGCAUGGCCAAAAAUACAAAAGCGAAGAGCAAAAAACGGCCUUUCGCCUGAAGAAGGAGAUGUUCGGACUAAAAAAGACGCAACAGCUGUAGGGUCGCAAUCGUUUAUUGUUAUUUUAAUUUGUGUCUUUCUGAAAUGGGAGCUUUGACAAGCCGUCAGAAUGCAGGAGUGGAGGAGGUCGAUAUACCGUCCAAUUCUGUUUACAGAUACCCACCCAAAUCUGGAAGUUAUUUCGCUAGCCAUUUUAUAAUGGGAGGAGAGAAGUUUGAUUCGACACAUCCUGAAGGCUACCUCUUCGGUGAAAACACAGACCUCAAUUUCCUAGGCAACAGACCAGUAGUGUUUCCAUACAAUGCUCCUCCUCCUCAUGAGCCAGUCAAGACUCUCCGCAGUCUCAUCAACAUUCGGAAAGACACUCUGCGGCUUGUCCGAUGUAGUGAAGACAUGAAGCUGCCUGGACAGGAAGUUGGGAAAAGCCACAGCUGCUACAACAUUGAGUUUACCUUUGAUGCCGACACACAAGUUGCCAUCACUAUAUACUACCAAGCCAUUGAAGAGUUUCACAAUGGUGUGCCAAUAUAUUUGCCACAGGACAGCUCUCUGCAGUCAGAGACGGUGCAUUUCAAACGGGGCGUCUGCCAACAGUUCUGUCUGCCCUCUCAUUACGUCAACUUAUCAGAGUGGGCAGAGGACGAGCUACUUUUUGACAUGGAAAAGGACAUCUACCCAAUGGUUGUACAAGCAGUAGUGGAUGAGGGAGAUGAACACUUGGGACACUCACAUGUUCUUCUCGCAACCUUUGAGAAGCAUAUGGAUGGAAGUUACUGCGUGAAGCCUCUGAAGCAGAAACAAGUGGUGGAUGGAGUCAGUUACCUGCUGCAGGAGAUAUACGGCAUAGAGAAUAAAUACAACAGUCAAGAAUCAAAGGUUGCUGAAGAUGAGAUUAGUGACAAUAGCGCUGAAUGUGUGGUGUGUUUGUCGGACGUGCGGGACACACUGAUCCUGCCCUGCAGACACCUGUGCCUGUGCAACGCCUGUGCAGACACGCUGCGCUACCAGGCCAACUGUUGCCCCAUCUGUCGACUGCCAUUUCGUGCCCUCCUUCAAAUCCGAGCGAUGAGGAAAAAACUGAGCCCACUCACACCUACUGGAUUCAACCCUGUCAUCACCUCACAGACGUCAGAUUCAGAGGAGCACUCGGCGUCAGAGCACAUCCCACCAGGCUAUGAAGCUGUGUCCCUGUUGGAGGCCUUGAAUGGGCCCCUAAACCCAUCGCCAUCUGCUCCUCCACUUCAGGGCCUCACCAGGGGCCAUGUUUCUGGAUCUGUGCCCACAUUUGGCAGUGAGAGCCACCACACGCCCGUGCGCUCCCUCUCUCCACUAGAUCAUUCUGUCAACCCCAACCAGACUGUGAAACACAAGAAAAGUGGCUCAAAAUCCCUCUCCCAGAAUUCAUCAGUUCUGCCUGAGGAGGAGGAUGAGAAGUCAUGCAGCGAGUCUGAAGCGCAAACAUGCAGGAGAAAACUACAUGUAGAACAACAAGAGUCUGGAGUGACUCCUGAAAGCGACAACCUCACCUUGUCAUCCUCGGGGGCCAUCGAUCAGUCCUGUAACGGGACGCCUCUCUCCUCCACGAUCACCUCCCCAGAGGAUCCAGUCAGCAGCAGCCUGGCUCAGUCAGUGAUGUCCAUGGCGUCUUCUCAUAGUCAGCACUCUCAGAUCAGCACCGACACUCUGUCUUCAAUGUCUGGAUCCUACAUGGCUGGAGCCGAGGGGGAGGAGGCUGCUGAGACCCCGGCUGAGAGCAGAGCACCAUCCCAACAUGAGGGUGAGGAUAUCCCUAAUGAUGGAAAAGCGCAUAACUUUGUGGCUGCCAUUCUUGAAGAACAGGAUUCAGAGGGAAAUGAUGUGACUGAGGAAGAUUGCGCAUCUCCUACCAAAGAACAUGGUGGGCGCAGGAGGAGCGAGGCGCCUUGUCCAGAGUUUGAAAAUAACAAUCAGGGGCGGUCUGACACCCACUGUAUGACAGGCCUGGACAAUGAGCAGCCUCCUGACGGCCGAUUCGCUGGUCUGUUAUACCUCGAUGUCUAUCGGCACGGAGGGGAUCCUUUGACUCACCACGCAUCCACCAGCAACAUCAAUCUGGAGGAGCAAGGGGUCACCAAUGAGGCGGCAAACCCCAAAAACAAAUCUAAUCGUGGACCCUUAGUUGUGUGAAAUCCUCAGACCUUCUCCAGUCAUAAGAAGAAUUUCUCUUUCUUCAAGCCCAAACUCGUGCCCACACCAAUUUACUCAUGGAUCGCAUCCUAAAAGCAAACCAGGGAGGAUUGAUUGCGUGGUUUCCUUUCUCCAUUGUGUUAGAUGUCAUGUUUUAGUGCUCUUUUGGUGUUCACGCCAACGCUCCACCCCCUCAUGUGUGCAAAUGAAGGGAUGACUCAAACAAGCUCUCCUCAUGAAAGCCUGCAAAAUGAGGACACGCUAAAACUUCAGCAUUUGAUCCAAACAUCGCUUUUCUCAAGGAGAGCAUUUCAUUUCAAGCCUGUGCAAAAUGCAUUCUGACACUUUGGCAAGCACUUUUAACUCCUUCAAAUUUAUCCUUAAAUCCUGCAGAUCUGAUUCAACAUCCCUUGGUAUUUUUCUCAGAAAUGUCACUGAGCAUUUGUAUGACUAUUUCAACUUGUACUCCUUGAUUUAUACCCACAAUACCCAAGACAGAUGUUUCAAAAGAAUACAGAGAGAGGAAUUUUCAGAAUUGUCGGUUAUAAACACAAGAGCAAUACCACAUAUUUGCUCACAGUUCUGCCCUUGUCAGUUUGCUGCAGCUCAUUUGGAGCUUCAUGUACAGCCCUGCAUGUUACAAAGACACAAAGCUACUGAGCUGCCUAACCACGUCUGGCCACGGAGACGCUACUGAACUGCUUACUACCGAGCAUUUGUAGAAAAUGAAGAGGUAUGGGAAAAUUCGCAUCAGUGGUUGUGCCUCAGAUCGCUACUGUUGAUGGUAUGUGCUACUGUUAAGCUUUUCGUGCGUUGUUUAAAAGAUAUGUCUAUGGUACAAUCUUGCGUAUGCCUAUAUCUGAUAGUUAGUCAGUUCGUAACCAAGGCUUGAAGCAAAGUUGAAGCAGCCCUUCAGAAGAGCGUUGUUGGACUCGUAUGUGGCAGGUCUAAAUUUCUGUUAUGUAUUGCUUUUUGAAAAUUGUUGCACUUUCCUAUAGGGUCCAGAAAGUGUUUCUUAGCAGUCGUUAUAUUGAGAAAAUGAUGGAAAGAUUUUUGAGACGUGUGCCACAAACUUAAAAAAAAAACAAUCAAACUGUCAGUUUCUCAUCAGUUCUGCCAAACCGAAUUCAUAGUGUUUGAACUUUGCUCUCUGUUGCACCAUUGAUACGUUAUUGGAUAUUUUAUUUAAAGAAAAUCUCUUUCUGACCAUGGGUUUUCUUUGAAACUACUUAAAAGGAUAGUUCACCUCUAAAAUAAAUCAAAUUAAUAAUCUCAUUAGGGAUGUCCCGAUCAGAUUUUUUGCCCUUGAGUCUGACACAUUUGAUUUUUAUUACUUCUAUAAUACAUAAAAAAAAUAAAGAAGAGCAAAGAAACCGAUCCAGGAUGUUCCUUAUUUUCUAUUUGAUUCAUUUAAUUUUAGCAUUCAACAACUCUGUUAACAAAUAGAGCACUUCUGUGAGGUAACUUGAACAAUCAAGUCAUAAAUAACAUAAAUACUUCACUUUUGGACUUUAGUGCAACAGUAAAUAUAAAAAAAAGAACUAAUAUAAAAACAAACACCUCAACUUAAAAUACCCGACAGGCAAUCCCAAGUUGACAUAUCUCACAGUUUGCUUUGGCAAUAAUGUCGUCAUCAACUUUACAAUACCCCCUGCUUCUGUCUUCUACUUUGUCGGAAUUUAACCAAUAGCGUCUCUGCAACAAAGUGAUGUCAUGCAGCACAUGUUGCUGUUUCUGUGUGAAGCCAAGAAAGAGGUCUAACUCUGUGCCACUGCAUAACUGUAGAUAUGUUAAAAAUAAU